AUGCCCACACAACAAUUUCCAAUAUAUGCACUAUUGAUUUAUACAACUUUUCAUUCAGUGAACUCCGCAUGCAAUCAAUGUCAGGAUAAUGGAGUAGCCUGCAUCAAUGCAACUUCUUUUAGAUUUUGUUUUGGCGCUACUGAACCCCAUCCAGAUCAAACAUUUUCUUGCAACGAUGGCUGCACAAAACUACCGAUUAUUUGCGGUCAGAUAGGUGCACAAUCGGCAAGCUGUGGUGAUACCGCCUCAUGUGGUCGAUGCAAUAACAACAAAGUUUUUACUUGCACAAGUCGGAACACAUUUUUAUUCUGCUUCGGCUCUUCAGUACCUUCAGAUGUGGGUGGCAUUUGUCCAGAUAAUAAAGUUUGUGACGCUUCCAGACAAGAGAUUUGUGUUGAGGAAGUUGAUGAUAACUCAAUUAUUUGUGAUCGAGAGGAACAGGAAUAAAAUUUUUAAUUAAAAAAGCAAAAACAUCAAAUACGUGAC